AUGCGGAGUGUGAUCCAGUUCAUCCAGGACCGUGUUCGCCGAGCGUACCCCGGCCGGGUGAUCAUAUAUGCCACCGUCCGGGCCCAUGUCACCGCAUUGGCCGAGUUAUUAGGUUGUGCCGCAUACCAUAGCAAGCAGGUGGACAAGGAAGGGAUUUUGGCAUCAUUCCGCCACCAGGCCGGGGCGGUGAUCACGGCCACCAGUGCGUUAGGGAUGGGGAUUGAUAUCCCCGAUAUCCGCAGUGUGAUCCACGUUGGUCAGCCCCGGACCAUGUUAGAUUACGCGCAGGAAAGUGGGCGGGCCGGGCGUGAUGGACAGCCCAGCGAGGCGAUUAUCAUCCAGGCCGAGGGUCAGACGAUGGGGCGGGAAUGCCGUCCGUUUUGGAUGCACGAUGCGCCCCCGGACGACCAUGCCCAUGUUGUUGAGUAUAUGGAGGCGGCGGUGACGGGUUGCCGGCGAGUGAUAUUGGAUGGGUAUUUGGAUGGACCCAUCGAGGAAUACCAACGACAGCGAUGUGGUGAUCGGGUGGUCGAGUCCGCAUGUGAUGGAUGUAUGCCCAAUUGGGAAGACCAGGAGUCCCGGAUUGGAUCCGCGUCCCCCGUUAUCGCCGAUGACCCGAUGGUUGAUGUUGGGGCGGUUGAGCCGGUGAUGGCCGGCCCGACGGAGGAUAUUCCCAGCACCAUGGCCCGGGCCGUACCAAUCGCCAUCCAGCAUACAUUUCGGCAACAGGAUAUCCAACGGGCCGAAUUAUGCCAGCAGGCGGAUGGGAGGGCCGGUCAGCAAUAUGAGGAUGAAGAGUUUUUGAUCCGUGAGAUUGAGAAGUGGGUUGAUCGUUGUUGGACAUGCAGCCAAGGAGGCCGUGACGAUGGACAUGAGAUGUGGAAGUGUUGGUAUGGUGAAGGGGGCAGCGGCAAGAUUGCGCAGGCCAGUAAGGAUUGGAUGGUCAAGAUUCGACGGCAGAUUUCGUACGAUGGGUUCACGGCGCAUUUUUGGUGUGGGAUGCCGCAGUAUAUAUGUCCGCGGAGCGAUCGGCGAACGGAGCAUAGUCCGCAGACGGUCCAGGCAUGUGAUGGAUAUCGUACGGCAUUGAUUCCGACGAUUGCGAUGAUGGUGCAUGGGCCCCAUGCCAAUGCAGUAAUCCGAGAACGGUGGUUCCAGCGAUUGAGUGAGCAUGGGGUGGAUAAUAUCCGGGCGAACGAUACAGAGUUGAUUCGGUAUUUGGGACAGAUGGCGCGGAAUUGUGGACGAAAGCGAGCGCAGAUUACGGAAGAGUUUAUUUGGUUACGGAGAGCAUAUCAAGGAGUUGAGCGUGGUGGGUAG